GCCGCAAGCUGCUAGUACUACGUGUCGUGUGUUCUGUUCUGCAGCAGGUGACUUUGGCGAAGUCCGUCGGUUAUCGUGUUUUUUUUUUCGUGCGGAAGCCCGCUAAAUAAAUAAUAGUUAUUAUUCUUACUACCGUUAUCGUGAUUAUUGUUGUUGUGGUCCGAACGGGUUUCGUACAAUAUUUAUUUGUGAAAAUCCACGUCGGCUAGUGCCAAUCAUUGUAAUAUAUUUAUCAUCUUAAACGUCAAUAUUCUAUAGAUAUUUUAUAACAUACGCGUUUGUACAAACCGUCGCGUUCUAACGCCAACGCAGAAAUAAUAUCAUUUUAAUAACGACGUUUUCGUUCCACUACAAAAUUUGGUAGUUUUUCUUGUCAUAUACUUAAAUAUUAUAAAACUCGAGUGCGGUCAAUGGUAUAUUGUUCAACAUGAUAAUGACUUUUUGCAUUCGAAUAUGUUGUAAGAAUAUGUUCGUUUUCGAAAUUAAAUUUUAAUUUGUUCGCCGCCACCGGUUUCAUAAUUUCGGACUGCACUUGUCAAGAACUAUAUAUAAUAUUACAGUAUUUACCGUUGUGUUAUGUGCGAGAUCAAAACAGCUCCAUUGUUUAAACGUUUCAAAGAGUCGACCUAUUGUUCGAGGCCGUCCAUUAUUGGCGGAUAAAAUAGUGAAAAUUUUUUUUUUUAAUCAUUUGCCCGCAAAACCGAUUGAAGAGAAAUCAAUAUAGCGGCGGCAGCGUCGUGUAUUCAUAUUCGCACGCAUAAUAUGGAGACAAGGAGAUACCAUUAUUACAUUUUGUAAAUCCCGUUCAAGGUCAAACCGAUCCAGUUUUUUUUGGCGCCACCAUAGUAUUAUGGACGUCGAUGACGAUGACAUAAGAUACGAAUUACUGAGAACAUUACAACCCGUUCGUAGCAUCCAGCUAAAUCAUCACGCGUUUGCCAACGGCGUAAUACGAGUACAAAAAGGGUUAUAUGUACAUGAGCCAGCUUCUCAGAUGUACCCGUUGUCGGAGGAAGAUAGCAUGACGUCCCCAGGUUUUGCGGUGGUGUCGAGCUGUAGUACGGUGUCGUCGCCUUGGACGCCCGGCGGGGGCACGGCCGGCGGUAACCCGGACGGGCCGGACGGCGGCGGCAACGGUAUGCGCAGCGCGGCCGGCGUGAACGCGGGCAGCAACCUCAGCCUGGACGUGGACGACUGCGAUGACGACAAGGAACUGUCGGCGGCCGAUGCGGAGGGUGUGUGGAGCCCGGACAUCGAGCAGAGCUUCCAGGAAGCGCUGGCCAUAUACCCGCCGUGCGGGCGCCGGAAGAUCAUUCUGUCCGACGAGGGUAAAAUGUACGGACGCAACGAAUUGAUCGCCAGAUACAUAAAACUGCGCACCGGCAAGACACGGACGCGGAAACAAGUCAGUUCUCACAUCCAAGUGUUGGCGCGCCGCAAGCUGCGUGAAAUCCAAGCCAAACUCAAAGUGGUUGUACCCACGGAGCAUGCGGCCAAGGAGAAGGCGUUACAGACCAUGUCGGCAAUGUCCAGUGCGCAGAUUGUGUCGGCAUCAGCAACGGUCGCAGCUAUACACUCCAAGGGAUUGGCCAGCUUGGCGUCUUAUCCACCUGGCGCGCCGCCCCCGCCGUUUUGGCAACCAGGAUUACAGCCGGGCACAUCCCAAGAUGUUAAGCCAUUUGCCCAAGGGUAUCCAAGCGGUGGAUCGACAGGCCUUAAACCCCCAUCUACUGCUGUAUCAUCUGAAAUCCAACCACCCAGUGUCCCACCUUGGGAUGGCAGAGCAAUUGCAACACACAAGCUGCGUUUAGUUGAGUUCUCAGCAUUUAUGGAACACCAACGAGAACCAGAAAUAUAUCAAAAACAUCUUUUUGUACAUAUUGGAGGACCAGUGAGCUAUUCAGAUCCUUUGUUGGAAUCUGUGGACGUGCGACAGAUUUAUGAUAAGUUCCCAGAGAAGAAAGGAGGCCUUAAAGAAUUAUACGACAAAGGUCCCCAAAACGCAUUCUUCCUCGUUAAGUUCUGGGCAGAUCUCAAUUCGAACAUUCAUGAUGAAGCUGGUGCUUUCUAUGGCGUCACUAGCCAAUAUGAGAGCUCUGAAAACAUGAGUAUAACGUGUUCAACUAAAGUUUGCUCGUUUGGCAAACAAGUGGUCGAGAAAGUGGAGACAGAAUAUGCCCGAUUCGAAAACGGUCGGUUCAUCUACCGCAUACACAGGUCACCUAUGUGUGAAUACAUGAUCAAUUUCAUACACAAGCUCAAACAUUUGCCCGAGAAAUAUAUGAUGAACUCUGUGCUGGAAAAUUUCACUAUAUUACAGGUGGUUACCAACCGAGAGACUCAAGAGACUUUACUUUGUACCGCUUACGUCUUCGAAGUAUCCACGUCAGAACAUGGCGCACAACACCACAUGUACAGACUGGUCAAAGACUAAGAGUAUGUUAUACAUUUACAAUGAACUAUCAAAAGAAGUCGAUUGGUGCUGUUUGGUUUCAGUCGUACCUUUAUUUAUUUGAGAGACCUUCCAAAUGAUAAAUGUCUCCCAAUCGAUAAUUUUAUUUUGUUUGUAACUACCCAAUACCAAAAUACUCUAUGAAGGUAAUGUUUACCUAAUCAGAUAAUUAUUAUUAUUAUUAAUUUUUAUUAUUAUUAUUAUUAUUAUUGUUCUUAAUGACUUGUAUAACCAAGGGGGUCAGUCUAUCUGACAUUAUUCUGAGAUUAUUGUGUACUUUUUUUUAUCCCUUUGAUUUUUACCAUUUUUUUUUUCACUAAUUUAUUAUUAGAAAUUGUGUUGUAUUAUUGUGAAAUGGAAACACCGAGUAAUUUAUUGAUGUGCAAAUAUCAUCUUAUGACUUGCCGCCUACAACCGGUGACUGUUAUCAUUGAGUAUGAAAUUAUGACCGAGGUUUUAAGGGUUUAAAAUAAAUUUGAAAUUAUUACGUUUUUUGUACUUAAAAGUUAGGUCGACUGAAUCCUAUUGCAAUUCUUAUUGGAUGUUGUAAAAACGAUGUAAUUUUGUAGAUUAAUUUGUAUAUAAAUAGAAAUAUAUUAUUAUAUAUUAUUUUUAAAAAUAAACAAAACAAACAAACUUUACAAAAAAAAUGAAACAUUUUUAACAUUUAAAUACAUAGGGAAUAAUAUGUUUUAUAUUAUUAUUAUUAUUUUUUUGUUUCAAGAUUUAUUAGUUUUUACAUUGUAAAAUUAUACUUAGAAAUGAUUUCAUUUGAUCUCUGGGUUUUUCCUCAAACAGUGUUUGAAAAUUAAGAAACAAUAAUAAUAUAUAUAAUAUUACGCGUUUUAUUUAUAUUUUAUUGAAAUUUUAUUUGAAAAAAAAUGUUCAAGAUAUUUUUAUUAUUUUUUUGAUUUUAUACUUUAUUUUUUCGCAUAUAUAUACUAUUAUUGUAAAACAUACUCUUGGACAUUGUAAAGUGAAAUAAAUGUUUUUUCAUCCAUAUGGUUAUAAAAAAAAUAAUAACAAUAAUUAUUAAUGAAAUGUUACCAAAAACUAAAAACAUUGAACCGUGUUCCAAGAAAAAGAAAACACGAUUCAUUGAGUCCAGUGAGUUGAAAAACCGAAAUGAAAUUCUACUUAAGGAAAGUGUAUAUGAUAAUUAUGUGAAAUCGAUGAUAAAUAUAUUAUAUAUGUAUUGUGUAUUGUGAAAUUAUUAUACUGGUUAACUGUUGGCAGCUAUUAUCAGUAUUUUUUGAUGAUGUAUGUAAGCAUAUUAUUUUAUGUUAAUGUGCAAUGUUAUAAAAGUUUAAUAAUUAUUUUGUA